UAAUAAAAAAAUGAGGAGAAAAGAAAGAAGAAGAUUAGGGUUAUUGUUAUUUGUUUACUCAUUAUUUUAUUUUUAUUCAAACCACUUUCAACAAGUUCAAACACAAAAAAUAUGACUGUUUCCUAAUGUUCAGCAGACAAGAUCAGUUAAAUAAAAAAACCGGGGAGUUUGGAAUUGGCAGAUACGAUUUCCUCAAACAACUCAUUCAUGAAUUUGCCACCACCACUUCUUUUGAUAAUAAAAAGCAGACAUUGGCAAAUUUAUCAAACUUCGCCUAUGAUCCUAUCAAUUAUGAAUUCAUGAAACAGCUGCAUCUGAUAGAUCUUUUUCUAAAUGUACUCUCUGAUGAUGAAGAAGAGCUCAUACAUUUUGCUCUAGCUGGCUUGUGCAAUAUUGCCUGUGACCCAGAGUGUCAAGAGUACAUAAUUUCUCUGAAUGGAGUGAAGCUGCUAUCCAACUUUUUGCUGCACAAAAAUGAAGAGAUCUCAUUGAAUGCCCUUACUUCAUUGUUUUAUAUACUUGAAUCCAAGAGCACUGAAGUGCCUAAGGAAUUGGAGCAGAAAGUAUUCCAGUAUGAGGCAAGCCCAAAUCCACGUUUAAAAAAUUUGGGCAAGGUAUUUCUCCAAACUCAUUUCAAAAAAUCAUGAUGAGAAUUUCUGAGACAGUUAGAAAGUUCUCUGAUGUGGUUCCAAAAAUGAGAAACUAUGCAGUAGGAGACCAAAUAAUAAUUACCAGAAGAAUUACUGAGGAAGAUAUCAUUACAUUCUCCAGACUUAGUGGAGAUACAAAUCCUAUCCAUUCAAGUGAAAAUGAAAAGGUGGGGAUAGUACAUGGGGCCUUUUUGAAUUCCCUUGUUUCAGGGGUGAUAGGCACCAAACUUCCUGGUCCAGGAAGCAUGGUUGUACAACAGACCUUGAACUUUCCUAG